AUGGGAGACGCCGAGGACCUAGAUAACUUGUACUACGAUGAAAACACCACACCAUCAAAACAAACCAGGAACUCCCCUGUCUUUGAUAUUCACGAGGACCACCACCAUGACCAGUCCGGCUUCCAAAAUCCUCCUAGCUCUCCUUUUCAAGACUCGAUAAAUAUUGAGUAUACAGAUCGACCGGACGAGGGACCAGCUGCGCUCUUUGACGCUGAUGAGAGCUGCCAUAUUGAGCCCACACAUAACCCAUACGAAGAUUACACCGAACAUGACCUUGAUAUGAACGAGCAAGAAAACGUACCACAGGAUACACCAGCUGACACUGUUGAGGCGGGUGAAACCCCCGAGGACAAACAAAUCGUUGAACCAGAGUCCUCACGCCAGUCUUUGGCCACAGUUGUGGAAGAAAAUACCCAUGAGCACAUGAGCAUUGUCCGCCAUCAAAACGAAGGAGAUAGUUCUUUAUGCGACAGUGUCCAUGGUGAUAACAGUGUGGGAGAUCAUACAAGUCUCAGUACCUUUUCAGCAGUGCCUAACGCCGACAUGACUCUCUUUUCCAAGCUCAGAGACGACUCUCCACUUAAGUUUACCCCAAAUGUUAGAGAUCAAAUGUCACAAGUGACUCCUAGAUCAGCGAAACGAGCGUUGAACAAAAGAGAACCAGGCAUGUCAUCUAGCGAAACAGAAUCAUCCAGUGUCCCACGUUCUCCUGUACGGAAGUAUAUGCGCGUUGAGGAUGACGCCAACCUUCUAGACUUUACGGACCAAUUGGAUAUUCCCACCAACGGUACACUUGAGGGUCAGAAGUCUCCCUAUAGGGCUCGACGAAACUCGCCAAGAAAGCCGGGGGAGAAUUUUAGGUCUCCGAACAAGUUUUCUCUUCUUGACUUUGAUAUACCACCACCUGCGACUCCUCGGUCUAUUCCUUCAAUUACUCCUAGAGAGUUGGAAUCCUUGAAAUCAUCCUUCUUGUCGCAGAUAUCCUCUCUAAAGGCUACUCUCAAUGGAAAAGAUGCCGAAGUUGCUAGCCUCAAAGACUCUGUCUCUGACGCUGAACGGCGUGUUGGAGAGGCAUUGGAGCAGGUUAGGAAUGAAACAGCUAAAAAGGAAGCCCUUGAAUCUGAACAGGCUGAAUGGGAAAGGAGGAGUCAGGAGAUGAAAGAUGUGUUGCGAUCUGUCAAGGCAGAAAUGGCUGACGGCGAGAGAGAAAGAGAAAAACUUGCUCAUAGAGCAGAGGAGGCCGAGAGGGCCAGAGAACAGAUGGAGGGAAAGCUGGUCGAGUUAGAAAGCCAGCUUUCGGCUGCACGGAGCAACAAUGGUACUGGUACACAAGGCUCCGCUCAGCCGAUCAACUGUGACACCAGGAGCUCAGAUGAGACCGCCAGAGAAGUUCAAGAUGCUGUAGAAAGAGUUGCUCGUGAACUACACGCCUUAUACAAGGGUAAACACGAGACAAAGGUUGCCGCCUUGAAGAAGAGUUAUGAAGCUCGUUGGGAGAAGAGAGUAAAAGAAGGUGAAAACAAGCUCAAGGAUGCCUUGGAGAAAAUCAAGUACCUUCAGUCUGAGCUGAAUGGAGCAAAAGCUAGACUUGCUGAUGAGGAGACCGCACCAGGGGAUGCCACAAUGCUUCGAGAGAACGAAGGCUUAGAGGCUGAGAAACGGGUACUGGAGGCCCGGAUCAAGGGGCUUGAACAAGAGAUGAUAUCACUCAAGAAAGAUAGCGAGGCCCUACGCUCCGAACUCAAGGCUGAAAGGGCAGAGAAAGGAGAACUAGUUGCAGUGGUGGAUGAGUGGCUUCAGAUGCAACAAGAUUCACAACCAGCCCCAGAGCCAGCAGAGAAACCAUCUACUCCACCGUGUGAGGAACUAAAUGAGGAAGAAAGAAGCGAGAAGAUGCCUAUUUCCCAGCCAACGCCAGCUGCGAGCAGCAGCAGCAGCAGCAAUAUUGGACUAAAGAGCUCUACCUCUUCCCGUCCCCGUCAACUUCCACAAAGCCAUACUCCCCGAAUCCCACGUUUUGGAGCUCCAUCUGGCACUAAAGCCGCUCCCAGUGGCAUCGCUAUGGCGAAAACCCCUGGCCGAAGUGGCAUUAUGAGCUCGAUUGAAAGAAUGGGAAGAGGUGGCAAUUGA